AUGAUUUCCAACCGCUCAGCUUCUUUCCAACACCCUGAGGCCAACCGAGACCCUGGUCGAAUUGGGGUCAUUGAAAUGGAAGGCAGGUGGGUGGCAGGCCCAUGGAGCCCCUGCUCAGCGACAUGUGAAAAGGGCAUCCAGCAUCGGGAGGUGACCUGCGUAUACCAGCUGCAGAAUGGCACCCACGUCACCACACGGCCCCUCUAUUGCCCAGGCCCCCGGCCAGCACCAGUGCAGAGCUGCGAAGGCCAGGACUGCCUGUCCAUCUGGGAGGCAUCUGAGUGGUCACAGUGCUCGGCCACCUGCGGCAAAGGGACGCGAAAACGAACUGUGACGUGCACCAACUCGCAAGGAAAAUGCGAUGCGUCCACGAGGCCCAAAGCAGAGGAGGCGUGCGAGGACUACUCGGGCUGCUAUGAGUGGAAGACCGGGGACUGGUCCAAGUGCUCCUCGACCUGUGGGAAGGGCCUUCAGUCCCGCGUGGUGCAGUGCAUGCACAAGGUCACCGGGCGCCAUGGCAACGAGUGCCCCGCCCUCUUGAAGCCGGCAGCCUACAGACAAUGCCACCAGGAGGUCUGCAAUGACAAGAUCAACGUGAACACCAUCACCUCCCCUCGCCUCGCCGCUCUGACCUACAAAUGCACACGGGACCAGUGGACGGUGUAUUGCCGGGUCAUCCGAGAAAAGAACCUCUGCCAGGACAUGCGGUGGUACCAACGCUGCUGUCAGACGUGCAGGGACUUCUAUGCAAACAAGAUGCGCCAGCCACCACCACCCUUGCCGAGCUCAUGACACGGGGCCCAGCGGUCCCCCGGCGCUCCCGCGCGUGGUCUGCAUCCCGAUGACAUGGCUAGCGGAAAGCCUGCCCACCUGAGAGCACACCGGUCCUGCGGCCGGGACCCCCCCCCUCCCCCAGAGCACACCGCCACUCACCCACAAGGCUGUCCCAGGAAUCCAACCGUUUAGAACCUGAGCGUGGACUUGACGUUUGCUGUUAGCGCUUUUGUACUUAAUAUAUUGUUAACAGCCACUGGAUGGCUUUCUACAGUAAGGAAAAAAUAGGCAUGAGUCACAAAAUUAUUGUCAUUUCUAAGGUUCCGUGUACCUCAAAGGGAACACCUCUGACAGACCGUUGUCGAAAGAAAGAGACGUCAUUGAGCACUUCCGUCUUGGCUUUCUUUUGACGUUUGAAUUCCCGGUGCUUGACGUGCCAUGGGGGGACUAUCCCCCAAAGGAGACAUUUUACAUUAAAACAGGCUUUAUUCUGAAAGCUGGCGGCACCCUGGAAGGAAGGACAGAUGUCAGCAAGCCUCUGCUAAUGGCUUCUCCUGAGAGGACCAGGCUGCCGGAGCCCUUCUUGACCACACAAGAGUCAGCACUUUGCCUCCCGGCGCAUCUCUGAAAACAUGUUCUCUAGAUCGUGGGCCUCAUCUUGGAAGUCUUGUCCCUGACAGUUUGAAUCUCUAUCAGCCAAGGAUGCCAAGGCCACGUAGUUCUGCAUACCACCUGUGUUGGGGAGAAUAUUCUGGAAGUGUCUGGGUUUGGGGAGGCAUUUAAUUUCUAUACUCUACUGUCCACCGCAUCAGGAAACAGAAAGUCUUUCUUCAAGGUGCUAUGAAAUGGGAUGUAUGUUAAUUUGGGGGAUGGGACUGGUUCCUGGCAUAAAGGUGAGCUCAGGACAGCUUCAUCCGGGGUGUAGGGCCCCUCUACCUUCUGGGAGCCUCUACUCCAGGCAGUACUUCGUAAAGCUUUGCUUCCCGUUGACCUUGGCCAUCUACCUAAAGUUGAUUCUUUCUAGAACCUCUGGCUACUUCGCCCUAGCCCGGGACUGAUUUCCUCCAGAAGCCACUCAGCCUGGUGUGCCAGGAUCCGUGGAGGAGGGCCCCCCGGCCAGGAUCGCUGCACAACCACCGCGCCUUCCCAUAGCCCAGACCUUGCGGGACCCAUCACUGUCACGCUGUUGUCAUUGACCUAUCUUCUUAGUAAGGCAAGGAUGAGUCUCAGAAAAGCACGAAGAAAGUCUUUCCCUCCAGCAGCCCCUCAAAACAGAGCCGCGCCCUCUCCAGAAGCCUGGACAAACGACAAGAGUACAGAAGACGGUGGGACCCUGCCCGCUUGGGGAGCUGGGAGGGAGAGACUCUAGAUGCCAGGAGGCCUGUUUCGCUCAGCGACUUGGUGGGUGUUUGAUGGUGCUUACGUUCAAGGACUUUACCGUGAUAAACCCCCCGCCUUUGCCUCUCUGAUUGCGGCCAGGGGGCCUCAUGUAUGUCGAUCUUCCUGGGGUCAGCUCCAAGGACUUCCUGAUUUAUUGGUGCUGUGUUCAUGUAUCUGCUUUUGUUUUUGAUGAUGUCACAACUUUAGGGCUAGCUUAAGGCUGUUUCAGUGUAUGAUUUUUCAUAUUCCACAGACAGAGAAGUGGUAGGGAUGACAAGAAAUGUGUGCGGUUCCACUCGAAUCAACGAGAAGUAUCAAGAAACCUGCUUGAGUGCUGUGUGUAAAAGACUGAAAGAAUGCCAGGAUGGAGUGAUCCGCCCUGCAGCGUAACCCCCCCCCAACCCCCAAUGGUUGCACCGGAGCCUGAGCAAAAUGCUAUCCUCCCCAGCUCAGGCUUGGCCACCAACAGAAUCCCACAAACCCCAUUCCACAAAACACUCAAAUUCUUGGGGAGCUAGGGUUCCGUGUUCCCCCCAGCCCCCAGCGGGCUAAGCUUCACCACAAAACAUCAGAAAGAUGGCAGCCUCAGACACUGAGGAGCAGAGCCGGGAUGGCCAGCUAAGGAAGCCAGGGCAGCCUGGUUUGCUCAUGCGCACCCUCGUACCCAAGCUGGGCAAGCCCAGAGGCGAGCCCUUUCCCUGGUGCCUCUGAAUUACCCCCCACUGGGUCCCUUGACCGUAUCCACUGGAUGCAUCUGGCAAGGGCCUCACACCUUCAAAAGGCAGAUAACUGAUUUGGUUCUUAUUCAACACCCCGUUGGUUCCCCCAACGUCGGUGUCUUUCUUGACCUCUUUUAGCUCAUGCCAGAGCACUGUUGCUCUGAAAUCCCCCAGCCCGCCUUCUGUUUAUGGCACAAGCAAUGACCAAUGUCAGCGAAGCCAGCCUGACGCUCUUGUACAGAAGACCUUGAAACCCUGUGAUCGCAACAGUGACGUUUCUUUAUUAACACUACCCUGUACUGUCACUCAAGUACUGUACCUUUUUGAUUGCACGAAUGUGUUACUAACUGCAGAGUCUUACGACCUUAUGGUGCUACUUUUGUGGGUACAAAUGAAACCCUCUCACUUGACCAUGGCUUGAUAUUAUCAGAACACAGGGAAAGAUCCUCGGCAGCAAUAAUAUCAUUGCUUUGCUCUCUUUUCUUCAUUUCAGAGUCCAGUGUAUAUAUUUUCCAUUAGUUAACUUACAUUACGUACUGUACCCGUGGUAUUGUUGUUUUACUUUUUGGUGCUGGUUUUGAAAGAAAAAAAAAGAACAGAAGACAAACAUUGGACACCACUGUAAAUGAAAAAUUAAUCAUUUCAUUGGAAGUGAGUCGAACAUGUUUUAAUAAAAUGUUUUUCCAUAACAA